UCUCUUUGGGAUCAGUCACCCCCGGGAUCAGUGAGAUCUCCCCACCAUCCCUGGGACCACACCGGGAUCACACACAGCACCACCGGGAUGAGCCACAGCACCACCGGGAUCUCUUUGGGAUCAAUCACCCCCGGGAUCACUGAGAUCUCCCCACCAUCCCUGGGACCACACCGGGAUCACACACAGCACCACCGGGAUGAGCCACAGCACCACCGGGAUCUCUUUGGAUCAAUCACCCCCAGGAUCACUGAGAUCUCCCCACCAUCCCUGGGACCACACCGGGAUCACACACAGCACCACCGGGAUGAGCCACAGCACCACCGGGAUCUCCUUGGGAUCAAUCACCCCCCGGGAUCAGUGAGAUCUCCCCACCAUCCCUGGGACCACACCAGGAUGAGCCACAGCACCACCGGGAUCUCCUUGGAUCACACUGGGAUUACCCCUGGGAUCACGGAGAUCUUCCGGGGAUCACUGGAACCACGUCAGGAUCAACCACAGGGUCACCAAGAGCUUCCUGGGAUCCUUGGGACCACAGCGGGAUCAGCCAUGGGUCACCACGAGCUCCCAUGGAACCUGGGGACUACAGUGGGAUCAGCCGUGGCACCCCUGGGAUCACUCCCAGGAUCACUGAAACCACGUCAGGAUCAGCACAGGGUCACCGAGAGCUCCCCAGGAUCCUUGGGACCACAUCGGGAUCAGGUGCAGCGCCACUGCGAUCUCCUCAGGAUCGCACCAGGAUCACCCCCAGGAUCACCGAGAUCCCCCCAGGAUCAGCCAUGGGUCACCGAGAGAUCCCCAGAAUCAGUGGGGCCUCAACAGGAUCUCACUGGCAUCAUCUCCGGGAUUGACAGGAUCAAGCAAGGGAUCACAAGGAUCACCAGCCCCCGGAUCAUCCCUGGCACAGCAGGGUCACAAUCAGGGAUCACCCCGGGAUCUCUCAAAACCGGGGGCACCAGCACCCCAGGAUCACCCACUGCCCAGGACAUCAGCACCCCAGGAUCAACCCUGGAUCACUCCCAGGUCACAGACACCCCGCGACAACCCCGGGAUCUCCCCAGGAUCCCCCCAUGGGAUCACAGCCCCGACCCCGGGUUAUUCCAUUUCACCGGCUUCCCAAACCCCAGGGAGAGCUCCCCGACUGAGCCGCAGCGCCCCAGGACACCCACCAGCUUUCGGGGGGCGAUACGGACCCUCCCGCCCACGAGGAGCCUCAAAACAACAUUCGCAGUGCCCAAAACUGAGAUUUUUUUGCUCUUUUUUUUUCCUUUAUAACCUUUUGGAAAUGGAUCAUUUCAAAGAAAAGGUGUUUUCUAGGCUGUCCCCACAGCACUUCUGGGGAGCGGGUGCCAUUACGGUAACACGAGAGAGCUGCAACAAACUAAACCAGACCAAACAGCUCAGACUAAUUAAUUUUCCCGGUGUUUCACAUUAAACGAGGACGGCCCGUGGAAAACCUCCAACCCAGGCUGCUUGAAUUCACGGACGUUCCCCACGGCUGGUGCCCGAUUUGGCAGCGGGUCUGUUCGUUCCCCAUCCCAUCGCUCAGCGGGGCCCAAACUGCAUCACCCCCUAAAGGGUUUUCCAGUAACCCCAGUGAUGCUCCAGUGGGUUUCCCAGUAACCCCAGUCACAACCAGACCCUGCGUGUUCGCCGCUCAGGCCGUGGCGACAGAGGGUGAACGCUGAGGGCCACCAAAACUCGUAGGACACCUAAAUAUGGUGGCUGAGACUUUUAUUGUGUGCAGAGACAAGUGGAAAUUCUGAGGAGCUGGGCCCCUCCGUUAGGCCAAGCCUGUAGCUUCACCAGCACAUGUAUAUGUACAAAUAUAUAGGCUCACGUCCAUACGGAGCCGUGCUAGAGGCAGCGAGAGCGACGUGUGCUGCUUGUUGUCACCAGAGCUGCCUGGCAUGGCACCGGCUGCCGCCGUCAUCGCCCAGGCGGGUAUUCAAUUAAUGUAUUGUUUCGUGGAAUCGUUUUGGUUGGAAAAGCCCCUCAAGAUCAUGGAGUCCAAGCAUUCACCCACCCCAUGUCCUGAGAACCUCGUGUCCGUCUGUCCAGCCCUCCAGGGCUGGUGACUCCAGCACUGCCCUGGGCAGCCUGUUCAAUGCCCCACAGCCCUUUGGGGAAGAAAUUGUUCCCACAUCCAACCUCAACCUCCCCUGGCGCAACUUGAGGUUGUUUCCUCUUGACCCACCUUGAAAGCAUCGAACUAGCAAAGAGGUGACAUGACGCUCCGUCAGGAACAAGCCCGGGAGGCCUUUGCGGUCAGUCCAGAUGCACAAAGUUGGGUGGAUUUGUUAUACUUACUCUUUAUUUUUUAUAAAUCUAUCGCGGAGAGGAGCACGAGGCACUUUGAGGUGCCGUUGCUUGUUGAAUAGCAGUUUCCAGGCUGAGCCCAAGUCUGCUACUCAACGUGCAGAAACGACAAGGGUUUUGUCUUCCCGGCAGCCGUGAUGAGCCCGGGUUUCCUCCGCAUUUUCUCAAGGGACGACAUGGCUCUGCUGUACGCGUGCUGGCAACACAAAACCAAAAAGGGUUGUGAACGAGGGCUCGGUUCUCAGAGCAGAAUUCUCUACCUGUAAAAGCUGCUUAGAAGAAACACCCUCCAAAUUUUACCUUUUGAUCCGUCUUCAUCUUCGCCCUGUAGAAGGAGGCGGAGGCCGGGCAGGCCGGCAGCAGCGCCUCCUGCAGCUGCUCAAACCGCUCCUGCACGUCUUCCUCCUGCCGCCCGAAAAACAGACCCCGCUGCACGUGAGAAACGAAUCCGGACACAGCGAGGCCAACCCGUCCCGCUUGCCGCACCCAGCGCCCAUUCAAUAAUCGCUCCGAAGCGAGAGGUCCCCCCUUCCCACGCCUUAGCGGAGCAGAUUUGGGCAAAACCCAUCUUUUAAGCACUUUUGUUAUUCGUCAAGGGAAUGAAUUCAGUAGGAUGGGAAGAACCUGGCUCUGAUCAGCUGGAAAACCCGUCACUUGCCUUUCGGGAGUAAAGAAAAUGCUCCGAUGAGAUUUACAGUAAAAAUAAUCAGACACCUGGAGACACAAGAGUUUCUGUAUCAGUUUUCCUGCUAAAAAGGCAAAGCCACCCUGUCCCCAGCUACACGUUGGCCAGAAGUGGGGCUGUGGCUUUAGGAAAGGGGUCGCACUGCUCACACCUGGUUUUAGACCCAGUUUUGGGCCCCUCACGCCAAGAAAGGUCUUGAGGUGCUGGAGCGAGUUGAGAGAAGGGAACGGAGCUGGUGAGGGGCUGGAGCACAAGUGUGAUGGAGCGGCUGAGGGACCUGGGGGUUCAGCUGGAGAACAGGAGCUGAGGGGAGACAGGGACACAAAGAAACGGCCUCAAGUUGCACCAGGGGAGGUUGAGGUUGGAUGUGGGAACAAUUUCUUCCCCAAAGGUCUGUGGGGCAUUGAACAGGCUGCCCAGGGCAGUGCUGGAGUCACCAGCCCUGGAGGGCUGGACAGACGGACAUGAGGUUCUCAGGACAUGGGGCAGUGCCGGGGGUGGGGGAACGCUUGGACUCCAUGAUUUGAGGUCUUUUCCAACAAACUGAUUCCAUGAUUUAACAAUGAAGAACAAAACCUGGAACAACUUCAGAGGAGAAUAACGCCAAGACGAAGUCUGGUAAAUGAGAAGCUUAAGAGAAAUGUGCUUUGUCAGGAACGACAAAAGCCCCCGAAGCCGUGGUUUCUAAACCGAGGGCUGGCCCAGCACCAGUUGCCACAACACGGAACACAAGAGUUUGGCUGUAAACGCCGCAGACCAGCCUCCCCGCCACCCCGCACCCCUGGCAGUUUGCCUGCUUCCUGAUCGUCAGCAGAUGACCACGUACUUCAAUCGCUCUGUCCUAUUUUAGCCUCUUGAUGGUAGAGCUAACGUGAGAGCAAGAUGUAUCUCCAGACAGUUGCUCUUGCAUCGCAGCAGAUGGCAUUUCAACGCCAGCCACUCUGCUCACAGACAGGGACAAUGUUGCUGUGUCCUCCUCCCACGGCCUUAGUCGUGCCCUCCUUACCGUGCCACGUGUGGAAAUCAAGGAGAAUAAGCGGAGCUUCCAGGACAACUCACCAGGCACGUGACUCUGUUGAUGGGAAUCAUUCCAGGUCUGAUGUUACCACCGGGCUUCAAAGCUUCCCGUAAAUCCUUAGGGAUAAGGAAGGACUCGUUGUACCAGAUCUCAAACUCUGCAAAGCAAAGAGGGGGAGACAAUAAACAGGAGUGUGAAGAGUGAAGAGACAAGGGUGGGAUGGCCAGCAGGUCCAGGGAGGGGAUUGUCCGCCUCUGCUCUGCCCUGGUGAGGCCACAUCUGGAAUCCUGGGUCCAGUUCUGGGCUCCCCAGUUCAAGAAGGACAAGGAAUUACUGGAGAGAGUCCAGGGAGGGACACAAAGACACUGAGGGGUCUGGAGCAUCUUUGUGAUGAGGAGACUGAGAGAGCUGGGGCUGCUGAGCUGGAGAAGCUGAGAGGGAUGUGAUCAGUGGAUCAAUAUCUCAGGGUGGGUGUCAGAGGAUGGACCAGACUCUGUUCAGUGGUGCCCAACGCCAGGGUGAGGGGCAACGGGCACAGACUGAAACACAGGAGGCUCCAUCUGAACAUGAGCAGAAACUUGUGUGCUGGGAGGUGCCAGAGCCUGGCCCAGGCUGCCCAGAGCGGGUGUGGAGUCUCCUGCUCUGGGACAUUCAAACCCCCUGGACCGACCUGUGUGAUCUGCUCUGGUGACCCUGUGUGAUCUGCUCUGGUGACCCUGUGUGAUCUGCUCUGGUGACCCUGUGUGAUCUGCUCUGUGACCCUGUGUGAGCAGGUGGGCUGGGGGAUCUACAGGGGUCCUGCAACCCAACCAUCUGCGAUUCUAUGACUCCUGGUGUUUCUGGCUCCCUGUCCAUGUAUCAGACGGGACCUCAGUGCUCUUCAACUCCCAGACAGGACCUCAUUGCUCCAAUAAACUAUUAGAAAAGCGAGUUGACAAGGACAGGGCACGCUAGCUGUGCUGCUGCCUGUCCUCACUGCCUGUGAGGCGGCUGGGACGUGGCAGGUGGCCCUGGGGACAGUCCCCUGGGCUUGUGGAGGUGGCUGGCCAGGAGAUGGCACUGCUCCUGCGUCCCGGAGAUGGGAGCCACCCAGCUGGGAGCUGCCCAUUUGGGGUGCUCAGCACGUUUGGGGGUCAGAUUUCAAUGCUCAGUGCCGCUUUCCAUCCCGUAAUAGCCGGUGAUAACACCGAGCAGGUGCUGCGAUGCAGCAGGAAUUUUGUCCCUGUUAAUACUGGGCAUUUCCCAGCUGCUCCGUUCCCUGGCACGGUCCCCACGGCACAAGGGCUCACGGCCCCUGGAGAAGACGCUGCUGCCCAGGAGGGACCCCAGGAACGGAGCUGCUUUCUGGGGGGGAGUCAAGAGGGAUCAACAAGAGUCAACGAGGCCAAGUGCGGGGUCCUGCACUUGGGUCACAAAAACCCCAUGGACGCUGCAGGCUGGGGAAGAGCGGCUGGAAAAGGACCUGGGGGUGCUGGUGACAGUGGCUGAACAUGAGCCAGCGUGUGCCCAGGUGGCCAAGAGGCCACCAGCAUCCUGGCUGGUACCAGCACUGGUCUGGCCAGCAGGCCCAGGGCAGUGACCGUCCCUGUGCUGGGACCUGGGGGGACAAACCAUGAAUCCUGGGGGCAGUUUUGGGCCCCUCACGCCAAGAAAGGCCUUGAGGUGCUGGAGCGAGUGGAGAGAAGGGAACGGAGCUGGUGAGGGGCUGGAGCACAAGUGUGAUGGAGCGGCUGAGGGACCUGGGGGUUCAGCUGGAGAACAGGAGCUGAGGGGAGACAGGGACACAAAGAAACGGCCUCAAGUUGCCCAGGGGAGGUUGAGGUUGGAUCUGGGAACAAUUUCUUCCCCAAAGGGCUGUGGGGCAUUGAACAGGCUGCCCAGGGCAGUGCUGGAGUCACCAGCCCUGGAGGGCUGGACAGACGGACAUGAGGUUCUCAGGACAUGGGGCAGUGCUGGGGCUGGGGGAACAGUUGGACUCAGUGAUCUUGAGGGGCUUUUCCACCCAAAAUCAUCCUGUGAUUCUAUGAAGCACAGAGCUCUGCUCUCACAGGAUGCAACACCACUGGCACUGUCCCCUGGUUUUAGCGCUGCAAUGACCUCUUUGCUCUGGGAUGACACAGAGAGUGAAUGAGUCCAUGCCCGUGCUGGAGCACCCAAAAAAUGCCCAACCUGGAUCCAACACAAACCGGUGGCAAAGCUUCUGCACAAUUACACUUGUCCCUGUCUAUCUCCUGGAACAAGCCACGCAUUUCUUUCAGCGUGGGAUGCACUGAUGGAUCCAAGUUGUGCUCUAGCAAGUUUGUGGAAAAUAAAGCGUUGCCAUGUGCACAGCAUCAAAA